UGGAGCAGAAUUCCGCGGUAAUGAAAUUGAAGAUGAAAACCAAUAUGUAUGUAUGCAUAUGUUUCCAAACCUGUAACCUGUUUUUAUUGCGAUGACGAGCUCUUGUAUUUCUUUAAUUUAUGGAAUUGUUAAUUACUUUAUCUCUUUUCUCUACUAUCAUCUGUUUUCUUUCUUCUGCUACCCUAGGAGCUUUACGGCCUCGAGGUGUAUCAUUGCCAAAAAAGAUAUUUUAUGAUCCUGCUCAACAAUUUCAUUGUCUGGAUGGAUCUGGACUGUUUCCAUUUCAUUUUGUGAAUGAUGAUUUCUGUGACUGCGAGGAUGGUUCUGAUGAACCAGGUACUUCUGCUUGUAGAAAUGGUGUUUUCAAUUGUCUGAAUCAUGGUCAUGUAUCAGUGGACUUACCAUCAUCACGUGUUAAUGAUGGCAUUUGUGAUUGUUGUGACUCAAGCGAUGAAUAUAGGAGUUCUGCUGAUUGUUUUAAUAACUGCAAAGAGCUUGGUGAAGCAGCACUUGAAGCAGCCAGAGCAGUUCGAGAAAAGUUUUUAAAGGGUGAAGAAAUACGAAACGAAUAUAUUAAGUUAGGAAAAGAGAAGAAAAAUGAAUAUAAGGGCUUGUUAGAUGAGCUUAACAAACAAGAAAAGGAAGCAUUGAAAGUGAAAAAUGAGAAGCAAGAUAAAAAGGAAAGUGCGGAAGCAAGGGAAGGUCUAAUUCUCAGCCAUGAAAGAGAAUUCAAGAAAGCUCAAGAAAAAAGAAUUGCUGCUGAAAAACGACGAUUAGUUGAGCAUCAGAUACAAGAAGAAGCUGAGGGCCAACAAGCUUUUUCAGAACUUGAUGUUAAUAAAGAUGGAAAGUUAACUCCAAAUGAGAUUAAGCUCUUCUCGCGCUUUGAUUAUGAUGGUGAUGGAAGAGUAUCUGAUAAUGAAGUUCAGUUUUACAUGCAUAAAAGGGAUGAGAUGACAAUUGAAGAUUUCUUAGCUAAUGGAUGGAAAAUUAUGAAACCUGCAUUUACAAUUGAUGAUCAGUCUGAUGAUAUUCAAACAGAAACUAAAUCUGUAUUCAAAGAAGAUAAGGUGACCUUUGAUAGUACAAAAGAUCUGAAAAUUCCUGCCGAUAAUGAUGAAAAAAUUGAGAUUUUAAAAGAAGCUGCUGUUGCUAGGAAGGACUUUGCAGAUGCUGAUAAAUUAUACAGGGAUAUUCAGGCAGAAAUUUGGCAUUUAAAAAGGAAGUUGAAAGCUGACUUUGGUGAAGAUGAUGAAUUUCUUGUACUUGAAACACAAUGUUUUGAAUUCUCUGAAAAACGUUAUUUGUAUAAAUUUUGUCCAUUUGACAAAGUUGUCCAAGUUGUUAAAGUUUCCAAAGAAGAAACUUUGAUUGGUUUAUGGGAAAGUUGGGGAUCCGAUGAUGAAGACCGUUACCAUCAUAUGAAAUAUUCAAGGGGUACAUCAUGCUGGAAUGGUCCAAAUCGUUCCGUUGAGGUACAACUUCAAUGUGGAACAGAAAACAAAGUAACAUCCGUCGUAGAAGCUUCUCCAUGUGCAUAUGUAUUAGAAUUCACCACACCAGCCUUGUGUAAAACUUUGCCUCCUGAGAUUAAGAAAAUUCUAAAAAAUGACUUUACUUUUGUUUAAAAAGAAAAGUUGUAAUUUAAACUUGAAAAAAAACAUGUUUUUGUUAAUAGUUCCUUCUUUUUCACAUCUUUCUUCGAUAUUUCUCUUUUGUUUAUUGAAAUACAGAUAAAUUUUUAUUUAUUAACUAUUUUGAAACAAGAAUAUCAUUUUAUACUUAAUACAUAAUGUCUAAUUUUUUUUUGGGGGGGGGGGGAUUCUCAAACUUAAUAUCUUUUCUUAAUUUAGGGUUAAACUAUUGAUGAACUUCUGUUUAAUGCUUCAUUAGUAUAAUUCAUUUUGUUAUCUGCAUUUGUACCAUCGUUUUUUUUAAAAUUAAAAUGGCCUUGUGGAUAUUACUUUUCAAAAAAUAAGGUUCCAAAUGGGAAAAAAAAAAUGUUUAAAAUAUUAAUAUUUUAAACUUUUAGAGUUUAGAAUAUUGUUAUAAGAGAAAUUCUAUUCUGUCUAGAUUUUAUUACUGUUAAAUGAAAACUCUUGUCAAUGAACUUAUUUAUUAGCAUUAUUUAUUUUGCUGGAUAUUGAUUAGUUCACCAAAAUUCUAGAAAAUUAAAUACAGAAAUACUUUAUGAAGUAAAAGAUUUAUGAGUGUAUUCCUAAACCCUAAACAUUAAGCUGUGUUUACAUUGCAUAAUAAUUGAAAACAAAUAUUUUUUUAAUUGCCAUUUUCUUAAGAUUUGUGAAUUUGACAAAAAAAAUGAAUUGCAGAUAUUAGUGAUGCUAAAUUAAACUUAUUUAUGAAAAUUGAUGACUAAAUGAAUAAUGUAUCUAUAAUCGCUUUUGAGGAUUACUUGCUUUUCCAUAAUAAGGUUGUGCAACUUAUAAAGUGAGAAAAAUAAUUCUGUCCAAGAAUAUCUUGUUUUCCCUCCUUAUUUUAAUAGCAAAUGUAUUUAUAUAUUAUUGCAAAUAUAUACAAUUGCAGUUUUAUACUUCAAAAAUUUUAACUAUUGUUAACUACUUUGUAUAGAAAAUUUAUUCAGUGUUAAAUUUUGCACAGAAUCUCUGUUCAAAAAUAAUUACUAGACAAUUUUAGAACUAUAGGCAAGUAUAGGCAUGAAUUCAUGCCUGUAACGUGUUUUAGGUUCUUUACUUUUACUUGCAGUACAUCUUUGUGAUCAUAAUAUUAUAUAUAAUUUUCUGGCAUUAUUUGUAAUUCAGAAAAUAACAUUUAUGCCACUGAACCCAAAAUAAGUGUGCUUUGUGACAUUUAUUUUAAAAUUAUAAGGAAUUGUUUAAAUAUACUUUUGUAGAAAAAGAAAACGACGAGUCCAACCAUUUUUUCUUGCCUCAUUUAUUAUUCAAAAUCUUGUUAAUACAGAUCUUGUAUAUACAUAAUAGAAUAUUGGAUCUCUAUUUGUUAUAAUGUCUUUUAGAUGACACAUGAUUUAUAUUUUGGACAAAAUAAAAAUUGUAGUUGUUCAUAAUUAUAGUUCAAAUAUUAUACUUCAAUUCAGCUCAUAAGGAGCAUAGAUUGUUUUAUUGAUUUUCAGAAUAAUAUCAUGCUAGAUGACACCAAAGGGAGAAUCUUAACUUGUUAGUCCAAUUUAAUCAAAAUAAACUUGAAAGCUAUCUUGUAAUUGUUAAGUAUUUGCAUUAUGCCAAAUUUAAAUCUUAUACUUCCCCAAGUAGAACUUUUGUAGCAGAAAAUGUGGAAAGAGAAAUGAAAUUAUUAAGAAACUUUCUUCUGCAUUUAUUUUUAAAUACUAUAAGGAAGAACAAAUUAGAUUCUUAAAAGUUCAUGUUUAUUUGCCCCCAUUGUUUUACACAAUUUGUAGCACAGGAAUGAUGUAACUGAUACUUGCAUUUAUUUAUCUCUAAAUUGAACUUCUAAAAAAUAUGCAUGUAGAUUGAAUGUGAUAUAGGAUAUUUGAAUGGAGGAGACUGUUAACUUGUGCAAAUUCAUUUUCUAUGCAAUUAAUUCUUUUCUAAACGGUAUUGGAUUGAUAGAAAAACCCCGAUGUGAUUUAAAGUACUUCCAAUAUUUGCACUAAAAUAAAUAUUUUUUGUUACAGUUAUUCUCUUGAAAAUGGCAGUGUUAAUUAUUUCAAUAUUUUUAAUGUUGGUCUCAUUUCUCUUAAUAAAUUUUGUCUGCAUUCUGGGAAUAUUAUGUUAGUAAAGUAUGAUAAGUGAUAUUUAAAUCUUAUGAAAAACAUAAAAAUUUGUAUAUUUAUGUAAUAAUGUUG